GGUGACGCUGUUGUCUUUGAAAAUGGCGUUCGUGCGUUUCAGUACGCUGUCAUUUGUAGCUAUAAGGCUGUUCUAAGUCGCUUUGGGGUUGAAAUUCCGGCUACGCUGCCAUCGCCUGAUCCCGAUUUUCAUACACAGGCGUUUCAUAGUCCUUAAGUAAAAUGUGGUUAAGCAAACCCUAACUAAUGUCCGUUGCAUAAUAAGGCCGCAGCUGCCCCCGAUCGUUCGUAGGGAUUACAGCGGCGAUUGAGUGCUUGGCCUCGCGCGCCUGGUGUCUUCGCCAGCUUUCACGCUUAGACACCACAGUAAUAUACAAAACGACUGGAAUUCUACUAUAAUAAUAUUAAAAACAACUGCAGAGAGCUUUCACCUUCUCCCAAAUACACACCGAGUAUGGCAUCUGUACCGGUGUACUGCUUGUGUCGCUUGCCAUAUGAUGUGACUCGCUUCAUGAUCGAGUGUGACAUUUGUCAAGACUGGUUCCAUGGCAGCUGUGUUGGAGUUGAGGAGGACAAAGCAGCUGAGAUUGAUCUUUAUCACUGCCCCAACUGUCAGAUCAGCCAUGGCCCAUCUGUCAUGCGGAAACGGCGUGGUGGCAACAAGCAGACAGAUGGAAGCACUGCCAGUGCAGGAAGAGACCCUACUCGGUUGGUGAAAACGGGCAGCCCCCAGUUUGUGAGGGAGCUACGGAAUCGCACCUUUCCCAGUGCAGAUGAAGUCUUGCUGAAGCCGUCAGGGGCUCAGCUCACAGUUGAGUUUCUUGAGGAGCAUUCUUUCAGUGUCCCUGUCAUGGUGCUAAGGCGAGACGGUCUUGGCAUGACUCUGCCCCCGGCGUCGUUUAGCGUCAGUGAUGUGGAACACUACAUUGGUUCAGACAAAGAGAUUGACGUGAUCGACGUCUCUCGCCAGUGUGACUUGAAGAUGCGACUGGGAGACUUUGUAGAAUACUACAACAGCCCUAACAGAGACAGAGUACUUAAUGUUAUCAGCUUGGAGUUCUCAGAGACCAGGCUCUCAAACUUGGUUGAGACUCCAAAGAUUGUAAGGAAACUGUCGUGGGUGGAAAACCUAUGGCCCGAGGAGUCUGUGUUUGAGCGACCCAAUGUGCAGAAAUACUGCCUCAUGGGAGUGAAGGAUAGUUAUACAGACUUUCACGUUGACUUUGGAGGCACCUCUGUUUGGUAUCAUGUUUUGCGGGGUGAGAAAAUAUUCUACCUGAUAUCCCCGACACCAGCUAACCUGGCGCUUUUUGAGCGGUGGAGUUCUUCAUCCAGUCAGAACGAGAUGUUCUUUGGAGACCAGGUUGACAUGUGUUACAAGUGCUCUGUCAAACAAGGAAACACUUUGUUCAUUCCCACCGGAUGGAUUCAUGCUGUGCUGACUCCAGUAGACUGUCUGGCCUUCGGGGGAAACUUUUUGCAUAGUCUUAAUAUUGACAUGCAACUUCGGGCAUAUGAAAUAGAGAAGCGAUUGAGCACGGCAGACCUAUUUAAGUUUCCCAACUUUGAAACAGUGUGCUGGUAUGUUGGGAAGCACCUGCUUGAUACCUUCAGGGGUUUGAGAGAAAACCGCAGACACCCAGCCACUUAUUUGGUUCACGGGGCAAAGGCACUGAAUAAUGCCUUCCGAACCUGGACCCGUAAAGAGGCUUUGACCGAUCAUGAAGUGGAAAUUCCAGAAACCAUCAAUACUCAGACGCUGGUGAAGGACCUUGCUAAAGAGAUCCGUCUGGUGGAGGACAUUUUCCAGCAAAACAUUGGCCGCACUGGACCCCAGUUUCCUGGAUCGCCCGUCUCGAAAUCUCCCUUAACCGCCUCUCAGAAUUCAGGGCGCCCCCCUGGAAAGAAGAAAAGCCUCAAACCCAAAGAAGUAAUAGGAAGUCUUGGGCUACCCGGACCCAAGAAGAAGAAUCAGAAGGCCCUCCUUAAGACAGAGGCAGGAGAGUUAGACCUGCUUGAGAUCCACACCAAACAUACACUCAAAAAAAUCCAGCCUGGCAAGUCCAGAAGCAAGAACAAGUUGGAGCUGCCUUUAGAAGACUUUGAAGAAAAGUUUAAUAAAAGCAAACUGAAACUUGUGCUGACCAAUGGGAAGAUUCAAGGCAAGAAAGAUGGCAGCAAUGGUGCAGGAGGUACCGCAAAGUUCCAUCAUCUGUCCAUGGAGGUAUCUAGUCUCUCUGACCUGGAGUCAGAGGAUGAACUCCAAAUAGAUGAGACUCCUCCACCACGGCGCAAGCUUGCAGGAUCAAGCAAGAAAAAGAAACUAAGUGGUCUUCCUAGGAAGCUGCCUAGAGCUAAACCUUGUUCUGAUCCAAAUCGCAUCCGUGAACCAGGAGAGGUAGACUUUGACAUAGAGGAGGAUUACACCACAGAUGAAGAGGCACUGGCUGCUCAUGGCGUGAAGGGUGGUGCAGGGGGCAUUCUGGACUUACUGAAGGCCAGCAAGCAGGUGGCAGGCUUGGACUCCUCUGCACUCAGUGAGGAAGCCCCAGCCUCUCCCAGUACUCGUGAUGCCAUCCAGGGCAUGCUGUCCAUGGCUAACCCACCUUCCUCCUCUUCAUCAUCAUCCUCCUCUUCCUCACCCAUGUCCAUCUCUGGAGGCCUGACUGAGGGCUUAGGGGUAGUGAAGGAGAAAGGUGGCAGGGCUGUGUGGGUGACUGGGGGGGUCAAAAAGACUACUGAGAAAAAAAGUGUCAUCCAGCGGCCUGGUAAAAGGCCCAUUAAGCGGCCAGCUCGGCACCUUAGCGACGAAGACAGUCCAGAUGAGCAGGAAACUCUGGGAACCUGUUUUAAAGAUUCAGACUAUGUUUACCCGUCCUUGGAGUCUGAUGAAGAGGACCAUGCUAUCAAGGCUAAGAUGAAGCGGAAGAAAAACUGGGAUGACACACCUUGGAGCCCAAAAGCUCGGGUGAUGCCAACCCUUCCAAAACAGGAUCGACCAGCCAGAGAAGGGGCGAGAGUGGCAUCUGUAGAAACAGGCUUAGCAGCAGCUGCAGCCAAGCUAGCACAGCAGGAGCAGCAAAAACCUGCCAAAAGGAAAUACACCAAAAAGGUGCGUCCUCCUAUUCCUGUAGCAAGCCCUCCCCCUGUCCAGACAGAGGUAUCGCCACCCUCCCCACCACACGUUCCAGAGUCUGCACCAGACUUCAGCCCAGACAGGAGGAUGGAUUACUAUUCCGCCAGCCUACUUGACCAUGAAUACACAGCAGGACCGGGACCUUUUGGCCCUGGCGGCCCUAGGGGGGGCGGAGCUAUGGCCCCUGGGGUAUUCCUCACUUCACGCCGACCUUCCUUGUCUCCGCAAAACAACAGCUCGCACUCUGGUGCAUCACCAUCAGGGCUAGCCAGUCAAGGCAUAUCAGGAGUCGGUCAAGGGAGACGUCCAAAGAAGGGACUUGCAACAGCAAAACAGAGACUUGGAAAAAUUUUGAAAAUUCACCGCAACGGCAAACUUCUGUUGUGAGUGAGUCUGUGCAUAUGGCUGAAGACCUAAGUUUGAAUAAAUGUCUUGUGAAAAUAGUAUUGAAGGAGGUAGCGAUAGUAAUCUAUAUUUUAUAUUCCAGAAGUUGUUUACUAAUGUCUCAAUUUGUUAGUUCGACCAUCUCUUUCCCUGCAAUUGUUACUAUGUAGUAGCUUGAUUUGGCACUCCACUAUUUGUUUUUUGCAUAAACGUUUCAGCAGCACACCACUGCUUACAAAGACCACUUCAAGUAGACAAAAAUUACAGAAGUAUGGGACGAUGAAAAGUAUGGAUAUUUAACUUUUUUAAGUAACUAAUGUCUGUCUGUAUAAACGAUGGUUAUUUUGCUAUCGCUGAGUGGGGGGGGUGGGGAUUUCAGUUUUAAAAGAGACAGAAGACAAUUUCUUUGUCAGACACAAUUAUGAUAGUAGUGUUGAACUGUUUUUUAACCUAAUUUUUACCUCAAUUUAUUUGUAAUGUCCUUUUAAAAACAUCAGUCUUUACACAGGUUUGCAAAAAAAAAUCACUGUAUAUUGUCCGGACGCAACGUGUGUGAAUUCACUGUUGCUUGUUUAAUCUAUAGAUUGUUCCACAAAUUAAAGUAGUAAACUGAUGCAACAAUUGACAAUGUACAAUUGUAUUUAUUAUAGUUUUAUUUAUUUUAAAAGGCAACAUUUUGUCAUCUUGUAGCCUAUUUUGUUAUGUUCUUAGCACCUGUUUGUCUUGGUCCCUACUGAAAAUUUCAACCACAUUGCAAAUAGUUUUUUUUAACAAUUAUUUUGUUGGAAUUCUUUUUGUAUUUGUUAAAUUAGUUUUAAUUGUAAAUAUGUAUUAUUUGUAAUUUAUAUAGCGAGACUGAAUGAGCAAACAAGAUAGAGACUUACAGUGGAUAUAUAAAGAUUUAUCUUAAAAAAUGUGAUAAAUAACUUUUAUGUAAAACUUAAAAAUACCUGGAUAACAAUUAGUUGAAAAAUAAAUCCUUUAUUGGGGGAAAAUAUUAAAACUAACAGCCCAUCUGAAGCUAAUAUUUUGUAAAAAAGAAAAAAAAAGUGUUUUAUUACAACAUUAAAUAUUUUUGAUUAUUUGCAUGGUAAAUUUUAGGUUGCACUUAGUGUCUGGGCUCUGGAUGGCCAGUUACAUUUUUGUGCAGUACCUUUUACUGUAUGUUUGGAAUUAUGUAAAAAAAAAAAGUUACAUCUUUGUCUCAUGAAAACAUAACAAAUUUUACAGUACGGUAUGUUCUUGGAAGACUUAAUCUCCUCAGCUGAUCCCUAUGAUGCCUUUAUGCUCUUUGUGAUUGAAGGUAAAUUACCAAAAAUCAAUUUGUCCUUUAGCUAAGUUAUACAGGUCUUUUUACUAUGUUUUAAAUAAAAGUUCUGAAUUUUUUUCUUUGCUUUUAGAUGAAUGUGAUUUUCUUUGUAUGUUUUUCUUUUUAUAUCAACUGUAAUUCUUGCUAGGCUUCAGCAUUCAUUCCACAGAAUGUACUAGGAACAGAAUUUCGGCAGACAUGUUGAUGUGUAACGUGUGGGGAAAAAACGUGAAAUCAGCAUUUCAGUCAAAAUGUAAAUAUAUGCUGUAUUUUUUUUUAUAUAGUAACAAAUGUUGAACCCUUUCUUAUCAUUUUACAUGAUACAUUGCUGUAUUUGUAAAAUUUUAAAUAGUUCUUUUUUACAUUUGUAUGCAGUUUAGUCAUGUUGUCUUGGCUGUAUAGCAUUUGAAGUGUACUAGUUACAGAAGCUAAUUUUGUUUAGUUUAAUAUUAAUCAUCAUAUUCACUUUUGGUUUUGUGUACAAACUUGUUUCAACGUGUUUUAAGUACGACCUGAAACAGAAAAUAUAACUUCUUUUUUUUCCAAAUAUAACGUCAUUAAUUUUGUGUAUUCAAGUCUGUUGGGGAACUUGUUAGGGACAAGUUGGACUGUGUUUUUGAAAGUCAUUAUUGUUGAAUAAGGACGUUGUACACAUUUACCGUAAAUUCCGGUGUAUAAGCCACACCCACCAAAUUUAGAGGAAAAACCAGAUUUGUACAUAUGCAAACCACAACAUGAUGUCCAUGAGGACUAGGCAGCUCUUUGACAGGAGCCAAUCAUGAGCUAUGAAAAGACUUAUGACGAGCUUGUCAACCCAUUGGAAAUUUCAGGAGGUCAUUACUCAUAACAGUCUGACUCACGGUGUCAUUUUACAAAGAACGCUAACCUCAUCACACAGCAACUUAACCCUCAAAAGGUACAAAUGGUAUACCUAAGAAAUAUACAAACAAGUAUCUAUUAAAAUGAAAACCUAUUUGAAGGUUUUCCUCAUAAUGCAUUGCAUCUGAGCAAAGAGUUUCAUUUGAGGUCAAGCAGCAUAGAAAACGGAUGAAAGGCACCGCAAUGCUGCCUCUGUCCACCAGAGGGAGGCAGAGCCCAGAGGGAGGCUGACAUCAUUGCAGCAUGCCUGCAGGCACCAAUGAAAACUUUGCUUGGACACAAUGCAUUAUUGGAAAACAUUUUAAAUAGUCUUUUUUUUCUUUUGAACUCGGAUUGGUACUUGUUUGUAUAUUUCUUAGGUAUGCCUUUUAAUUGUUAAAUUGCUGGGUGAUGAGUUUACCAUUCUUUGUAAGAUGACACCGUGAGUCAGGCUGUUACACUGAUAAUGACCAGCGAUUUCAUAUGGUUUGACAUGCUCAUCGUGAGUGCACUGAUUCAAGAUUCAAGAGAGUUUUAUUGUCAUGUGCAUAGUACAACAGCAGUUAUACCAUGCAAUGAAAAUCUUAUUCUGUUCAUUCUCCCAAGAAAAGAAAGAAAACAAAUGAAAGAAUAAGAACAUAAGAAACAUAAACACAUAAACAUAUAUACCAAUAAAUUAAGCAACAACAACAGACGAGACAUUAAUACAAGUAAAUAAUACAAAUAAAUAAAUAAAUAAAGUGCUAUGAGUGUGUGCGUGUGUUGCGUGCGGCGUGUGCGAGUGCUUCGUUGAGGAGCCUGAUGGCCUGUGGGUAAAAGCUGUUUGCCAGCCUUGUGGUCCUGGACUUCAAACUCCUGUAGCGUCUGCCUGACGGUAGGAGUGUGAAUAGUGAGUGUUGUGGAUGUGUGCUGUCCUUGAUGAGGUUGUGUGUUCUGCGUAGGACUCUAGAUUUAUAAAUGUCUUGCAGUGAGGGGAGGGCUGCCCCAACAAUGUUCUGUGAGGUCUUGAUCACCCGCUGGAGUGCCUUCCUAUCACGUGUUGUACA